CACUUCUGAAAGCAUUCGCCGCGGACUCUUCUCUCGUUUUCGUACCCUGGGCCGAGCUUAUCAAAAGGACGAUAUUGAAGAGAUCCUCGAGAUCCUCGCCCACCCAGAUGAAGUAGUGACCCAAGACUGGCUUCUUAUAUAUGAUAACGCCGAUGAUCCCGACUUGGACCUUCGAGACUACAUCCCUCACUGUGAUCACGGGUCAAUUUUUAUCACCACACGAAACCCUGGACUAGGUGACCUCUCACCACAAUGCCAUCUGAAACUCGAGACCAUGUCCGAAGAUGAGGCAGUCCAUGCGCUAUUGACAGCAGCGCUCCCAAGCGGGACAAAACCCAGCGAUGAUUAG